UGAGAGAUGGAAAGAAUCCAAAAACACAAAGCAAAGCCAUGGAUUUGUCUCUCAAAACCUCCAUUGAUUGAGCACCAAGGUAGAUAAAGCUCUGAACUUUGUUUAGCAAGAAGAAGCUCAGAUCUGAAAAGCAGAAGUUUUGAUCUUUUUGGAGGUAUGGAAAAGGAGCAACAAGUGAAGAUGAUGAUGAAGAAGAAGAAGAAGCAUAGAUGCAAGGUUUGCAAUAAGUGGUUCCCUUCUGGGAGAUCUCUUGGAGGUCAUAUGCGGUCUCAUGGUACUGUGAGUGUGAGCAAUGGAGAUGGGAAUGGGUAUGGGUUGAAUGACAACCCUAAGAAGACAUCAUGGAGGUGCUCUGAUUCCUCUGAGAAGCAGUGUAGGGAGUGUGGAAAAUGCUUUCCUUCUUGCCAUGCUCUUUUUGGCCAUAUGAGGUGCCAUUCAGUUAAGGGUUUGGAUUUGGUUUUGGAUGUGGAUUUGGAUUUGGCUGUUACUUUGAUGAUGCUUUCAAGGGACACUGGAAAGAAUUGGGAUGAUUUGGAUUUGGAUUUGGAUUUGGGUUUGGAGAGAUCCAAAGAUGAAAUCUUUGUUCCUGAAAUUGAUGUGAAUGGGAAUGGGAAGAAGAGUGUUUAUGAGUGUUCAAGUUGCAAGAAGAGCUUUCAAUCAUACCAAGCACUUGGGGGGCAUAGAGCAAGCCAUAAGAGAUUGAGAAUGGAAGCCAUUGCCAUUGAUGGAACAGUGAUGCCUGACUUGCUUGAUCUUAACAUGCCGGCUGUUGUCGCCGGAGAUUCCAGUUUGAAUUCUGCUUCUUCUUCUUCUUGGUGGAAGUGUGAGCCAAUGCUUGGAUUGAUUUGAUUUCAUUUGAUUUCUAGUCUUCAGUUGAUGAUGGACAAAUGGAUGUACAGAAUUCUGCAAUUCAUUGUUUGUGGAGGUAAAACAGAAGAAAAAUCUCAGCUUUUGAUUUGAAUAAGUUUCUGAUGAGAUUACUAGUUCUGUUUUUCUCAAUGCAUUGCAUUGCAUAGUAUUGCUUCUUUGGA